AAGAGAAUCUGGGAUGAACUGGCUCUAGUGUCCAAUCUACCAAAAUGUACCUGUGGAGCUGCUCAGGAGCUCACAAAAUAUGAGUAGAAUCAGAAAUUCAAUUUUUGAUGGGCCUCAACUCAGAUUACAAUGUCACCAGAGGGAACAUACUUAUUAUGCGACCUCUUCCCUUUGUUCCAGUUGCUUAUGGUCUCGUUAUACAAGAAGAAAAACAGAGAGAAAUGCAAGCUCCUCAUCAUCUUGCAGUUGAACAUACUUCUCUGAAUGUGAAUACUCAUCCAAACAAAGGGAGAUUUGAGGAAAGCAAAGGGAAAUUUGAGGAUAAGAAGAUCAUCUUCUGUGAGUAUUGCAAGAAGAAAGGUCACACUGCAGCCAAGUGUUAUAAACUUGUUGGCUUCCCAAAGGAUUUCAAAUUUUCAAGACCUAGGAGAUUUGCUGCAAAUGUUGUGAGUGAGGAAGAACCUGCUGAUGUUAGUGAAGCCAAGCCCAGUGGACAGCUUAACCCUGAGUUGUACAAUCAGUUCAUCAAGCUCAUGAACUCCUUCCAUGAUGAUAAAGCUCACUCCACAUCUCAGGCAUUUACAGCACACAUGGCUGAAGAUAGAUGUGUUCUGCAGGACCUUUCUAAGAACAAGUCAGUGGAGCUUGGUAAAAGACGUGGUGGCUUAUACAUCACACAGAACAAUCAUCAUUCUUCAAACAAUUCUGUUGUUCAGUCUUCUGUUCUUUCUCAUGAUGUUUCAUAUCUCAUCUUCGCUCAACCAUUGCCGUCAGACCGCCCUGAGCAGAAUGGGGAUCCGCAAAAGAAUCUCGGCGGCCUCCUCCUACUAUGUAAGAAAGGGGAUGAACCAUUUACGAGCUCCUCCGACGGAGACGACGCUGAGGAAUGUGAAGGCGAGUGCGGUGGCAGGCUGCUGGUGGAGACGGGGGUGGUCCUGGUUGGUGUCAAGCAGGCGGGAGAAGAAGACAUCGUCAAUGCCGCCGCCGCCGCCGGGGCGGUGGAUGCACCUCUUUUACUCGGAGCUGAGGAAAAGGCUAUUAGGACGAGGAUCUACUCAUCAUCAUCAUCAUCAUCAGGACCUCCCUCGCACUAACUUCCGCUAGCUAGAUGGAGUAAAUGCUGGCCUUUUCAAUGGUCUCGAUCUCAAGUUGGGAGUAAAUAAUGUUUGUUCACUCCU